ACGUGUUACAUUUUGUUUUCAAUAAAAAUUGUGUGUACAUAAAUAAAAAUGAUUACAUCUACUUUACGAUCGGCAGCAUGCUCCCUUAUGAAAACAAAGAUUGACAUUAUCGAAAGGAUGAAGAAAAUAUCCUGUCCGAGUGCGAUGCAUGUCAGAUGUAUUCAUAUAACCUCAGCUGUUUUGAAAGAAAUACGACUGAACAAUAAGGAAAAACUUCGGGUAAAACGUACUAAGUUUCAUGAACCCAUGGAAGGAGAGCAUACUGUUGGCGUGAACAUUUCACCAAUACAGAGUCCGGAUUUCCCUAAUGAAUUCACACCACAUCAGAUGUUCAACAGUGUACCAUUCGAAAAGUUACCAAUUAUCAACAUAAAGGCAACACCUAAUAAUACAAUAUUUUCUACCACUAGUUACGACGGGAACGGAAUACUAUUGCACAGUUCUGGUAUUGAAGGCUUUAAAAAUGCAAAGAAGGGUACCAACAUUGCAGCACAACAGGCAGCCAUGACACUUGGAACGCGUACUAUCGAGAAGGGUAUUAAAACUGUGAGGGUGAGAGUACAAGGCAUUGGACCUGGCAGAUUGUCGUCCAUAAAGGGCCUUCAACUAGCAGGAUUACAAAUAGUUUCAAUCACAGAUGACACCAGAGUUUCAUGGAAUCCUCCAAGGCCAAGGAAACAGAGAAGAAUAUAAUGUACAGAAUAUACAAUAAGAAAUGUAGUAAAUCAAUUUGUUCUAAAAUAGGGUAUAUAUGUAUUUAUUAGAAUGUAAACUGUACUAUUUCCUUCAAACAGACUAAUAAAUAAUAAUAC